AUGACUGAGCAUUUCAAAAGCGACACCAGGGGAAUGGAAGUGGCUGAGAUGUUUCCCGAGAGGCUAAAGCACAAGACAUUUAUUCUAGCUGGACUCGUGCGGGGGGAGCUGGCAGCUACGGUCGCCGACGUCUUGAGCCAUGGCGGCGCAGGGUGCAUCAUCUUCACGGGCGGCUCUCAGUCCGCACUCCAAUCGACCCUCACUCACAUCCACCGCAAGCACCCUAAGACCAAGAUCCUCUUUAUUACCGCGGAUACGAAUGACUUGGCAUCGAUGCGCGAAGCUGCCAAUACCAUCAAGGCACUUGAUGUGCCCAUCGACGGCAUUAUCUGCUUUCAGACAGUGAUGGCGGCCACCUGGGAGACCACGGUGAAUGGGAUUGAGUCGCAUUUCCAGAAGAACUACCUGGGUUACUUUGUGCUGGUCAAUUUACUGCUGGAGACCCUGUCCCAAGGGUCGCGAGUGGUUCUGAUGACAACCAGUAUUCGGCGGGAGGCCGCGGCGCCUAAGUGGGAAGACGUGAAUUUCUCGACCGGGGAGACCUAUCACUGUCUCGAUGGGUAUGCACAGUCCAUGUUUGCGAACAUCCAGUUCGCCAAGUCCCUGGCUUCGCGGUGUCUAGAUCGAUCGAUUUCGUCCUUCUCCGUCAACCCUGGAAACACCAAGACUAAUGUCCAAACCUACGUUACGCCGGAGGUGGUGGAGUCGUGGCUGCAAUGUAAAAAGGACGUGGGCGAGGAGCUGCCUAUAUUGCUCCAACAAGCCCCGAAAUCGCAGUCGCAGGCCAGCGCCUCCGUGCUCCGGGGUCUUCUCGAUCCGACUCUCGAAGAAAAGUCUGGCGCCUUUCUAGACAACUGUCAAGUUCUCCCACUGCCGCAUCUUGACUUCCCUGCCGGUACAGAAAGCGCCGCAGCGCUGUGGAAGCUGAGUGAGGAAUUAGUUGACCGAGCAGGACUCGGGCAAUUAGUCUAA